AUGAGGACGCGCUGGGCCACCUCUCUCCGUGCGGCGGAGCUGCUCGUGCUGUUCCUUCCGUGCUUCGGUCUGGUGGAGCCCUCGGGCCGCUCAGGUAAUGAUUCAUUCACCAUCGUUAACGAAAACACAGGCAAGUGCAUCACGCCACUGAAUGACUGGAUAGUAGCAAAGGACUGUGAUGAAACCAAGGACAUGUUGUGGAAGUGGGUGUCCCAGCAUCGACUCUUUCAUUUGCAAUCCCAGAAGUGCCUUGGCCUAGACAUUACCAAACCCGUGGAUUCCUUGAGAAUGUUCAGCUGUGACUCCGAUGCCAUGCUGUGGUGGAAAUGUGAGCACCACUCUCUGUACGGAGCUGCCCAGUACAGGUUGACUCUGAAGGGUGGACACGCCAUAGCAAGUACCAACUCAUCUGAUGUCUGGAAAAAAGGAGGCUCAGAGGAAAACCUCUGUGCCCAGCCUUACCAUGAGAUCUAUACUAGAGAUGGGAACUCCUAUGGGAGACCUUGUAAAUUUCCAUUCUUAGUUAAUGGGACCUGGCAUCAUGAGUGCAUUCAUGAUGGAGAUCGCAGUGGGCCAUGGUGUGCAACCACCUUAAAUUAUGAAUAUGAUCAAAAGUGGGGCAUCUGCUUACAACCAGAAAAUGGCUGUGAAGAUAAUUGGGAAAAGAAAGAAGAGAUGGGAAGUUGCUACCAAUUUAAUACUCAGGCAACUCUUUCUUGGAAAGAAGCUUAUGUUUCAUGUCAGAAUCAAGGAGCUGACUUACUGAGCAUCAACAGUGCUGCUGAGUUAACUUAUCUUACAGAAAAAGAAGGCAUUCCGAGAAUUUUCUGGAUUGGUUUAAAUCAGCUGUACUCUGCUAGAGGCUGGGAAUGGUCAGACCACAAGCCAUUAAACUUUCUCAACUGGGACCCAGAUGUGCCGAGUGCACCUAUAAUUGACAGAUCAAGCUGUGCAAGAAUGGACGCCGACUCGGGUCUGUGGCAGAGUUUUUCCUGUGAGGCUCAACUGCCCUACGUCUGCAAGAAACUGUUAAAUAACACAGUGGAGUUGACAGAUGUUUGGACAUACUCAGAUACCCGCUGUGAUGCAGCAGACUGGCUGCCAAAUAAUGGAUUUUGCUAUCUGCUGGUAAAUGAAAGUGAUUCCUGGGAUAAGGCACAUAUGAAAUGCAAAACCUUCAGCAGUGACCUCAUCAGCAUUCAUUCUUUAGCAGAUGUGGAGCUGGUUGUCACAGAACUCCAUAAUGGGGAUGCCAAAGAAGAAAUAUGGACAGGUCUUAGGAACAUAAAUACACCAACUCUAUUUCAGUGGUCAGAUGGUACUGAAGUUACUCUGACUUAUUGGGAUGAGAAUGAGCCAUAUGUUCCCUACAAUAAGACUCCCAACUGUGUUUCCUAUUUAGGAAAGCUAGGUCAGUGGAAGGUCCAAUCAUGUGAAGAGAAACUUAAAUAUGUAUGUAAGAAAAAGGGAGAAAAAUUGAAUGAUACAAGAUCUGAUAAGAUGUGUCCUCCAGAUGAGGGCUGGAAGAGACAUGGAGAAGCCUGUUACAAGAUUUACAAGGAUGAAGUCCCCUUUGGAACCAACUGCAAUCUGACUGUAACUAGCAGAUUUGAGCAAGAAUACCUGAAUGAUAUGAUUAAAAAGUAUACUAAGGCUCAAGAAAAAUACUUCUGGACUGGCCUGAGAGAUACAGAUGCAAGUGGAGAGUAUAGUUGGGGAAGUGCUGGUGGAAUAAAGCGGGCUGUAACCUUUUCCAACUGGAAUUUUCUUGAGCCAGCUUCUCCAGGAGGGUGUGUGGCUAUGGCUACGGGAAAGUCUCUUGGAAAGUGGGAGGUAAAAGACUGCAGAAGCUUCAGAGCACUUUCAAUUUGCAAGAAAAUAAGUGAGGCCUCUGAGCCUGAAAAAGCAGCCCCCAAGCCUGAAGACCCCUGUCCUGAAGGCUGGCAUAGUUUCCCCUCAGGUCUUUCUUGUUAUAAGCUAUUUCAUAUAGAAAGAAUUGUAAGAAAGAGGAACUGGGAAGAAGCUGAGAGAUUCUGCCAAGCACUUGGAGGGCACCUUCCUAGCUUCAGUCAUACGGAUGAAAUAAAGAAAUUUCUUCACUUUCUAACAGACCAGUUCAGUGACCAGCGUUGGCUUUGGAUAGGUUUGAACAAAAGGAGCCCUGAUUUACAAGGAUCCUGGCAAUGGAGUGAUCAUACACCAGUGUCUACUAUUAUCAUGGCAAAUGAGUUUCAGCAGGAUUAUGAUAUCAGAGACUGUGCUGCUGUCAAGGUCAUUAAUAGGCCAUGGCGAAGAAGGUGGUAUUUCUAUGAUGACAGAGAAUUUAUUUAUUUAAGGCCUUUUGCUUGUGAUACAAAACUUGAAUGGAUGUGCCAGAUUCCAAAAGGUCGUACUCCAAAAAUACCAGACUGGUACAAUCCAGAGCGUGCUGGAAUUCAUGGACUUCCAGUUGUAAUAGAAGGGAGUGAAUAUUGGUUUGUUGCUGAUCCCCGUUUAAACUAUGAAGAAGCCGUCCUGUAUUGUGCUAGCAAUCACAGCUCUCUGGCUACUUUAACAUCUUUUGCAGGACUAAGAGCCAUCAAAAACAAAAUAGCAAAUAUAUCUGGCGAUGAGGAGAAAUGGUGGGUGAGAACUACUGACCAGCUAAUAGAACGUCGUUUUAUUCACUUACAACAUCCAUUGCAUCAUUUUCCUAUAACGUUUGGAGAGGAAUGCUUUUACCUCUCUGCCAAGACUUGGUUUAGCGACUUAAGUAAACCAGCAGACUGUAAUACCAAGUUGCCCUUCGUCUGUGAAAAAUACAAUGUAUCUUCAUUAGAGAAAUAUAGUCCAGAUUCUGCCGCUAAAAUACAGUGCUCUGGAGAUUGGAUUACUUUUCAGAAUAAGUGCUUUUUAAGGAUCAAACCUAAGUCUCUCACAUUUUCUGAAGCCAGCGAUGCUUGUCAUACCUAUGGUGGAACCCUUCCGUCAGUGCUGAGCCAGAGAGAGCAAGAUUUUAUUACAUCCUUGCUUCCGGAUAUGGAAGCUACUUUAUGGAUUGGUUUGCGCUGGACUGCCUAUGAAAAGAUGAACAAAUGGAUGGAUAACAGAGAGCUGACAUACAGUAACUUUCACCCAUUAUUGGUUGGUCGGAGGCUGAGAAUACCAACAAAUAUUUUUGAUGAAGAGCUGUCCUACCACUGUGCUCUAAUGCUUAACCUCCAAAAGUCACCUUUUACUGGGACGUGGAAUUUUACUUCCUGCAGUGAACACCAUACUCUGUCUCUCUGUCAGAAAUAUUCAGAAAUUGAAAGCAGACAGACCUUGCAGAAUACUUCAGAAACUAUGAAGUAUCAAAAUAAUCUGUACAAAAUAAUACUGAAGACUCUGACUUGGACUGAUGCUCUAAAGGAGUGCCAGAAAGAAAACAUGCACCUGGUGAGCAUCACAGACCCUUACCAGCAGGCCUUCCUGACUGUGCAGGCUGUCCUUCAUAACUCUUCUUUAUGGAUUGGACUCUCCAGUCAUGACGAUGAACUCAACUUUGGUUGGUCAGAUGGGAAACAUCUUCAAUUUAGUCGCUGGGCUGAAAAUAAUGAACAACUUGAAGACUGUGUAGUAUUAGACACUGAUGGAUUCUGGAAAACAUCUGACUGCGAUAAUAAUCAACCAGGCGCUAUUUGCUAUUAUUCAGGAAAUGACACUGAAACAGAGGUCAAACCAGUUAACAGUGUUCAAUGUCCAUCUCCUGUUCUAAAUACUCCAUGGAUACCAUUUCAGAACUCUUGCUACAAUUUCAUGAUAACAAAGAGUAGAUAUAUAGUGACAACACAAGAUGAAGUUCAUUCUAAAUGCCAGACACUGAAUCCAAAAUCACAUAUUCUGAGUAUUCGAGAUGAAAAAGAGAAUAACUUUGUUCUUGAGCAGCUUCUACACUACAAUUACAUGGCUUCAUGGGUCAUGUUAGGUAUAACUUAUGAAAAUAAUUCUCUCAUGUGGUCUGAUAAGACCACGCUGUCAUAUACACACUGGAGAUCAGGAAGACCAGCUGUAAAAAAUGGCAAGUUUUUUGCUGGCUUGAAUACUGAUGGCUUCUGGGAUAUUCAAACCUUUAAUGUUGUUGAAGACAUACUUUACUUUCACCAGCACAGCAUUCUGGCUUGCAAAAUUGAAAUGGUUGACUACAAGGAAGACGAUAAUACUACUCUGCCACGGUUUAUUCCACAUAAAGAUGGUAUUUAUAAUGUUAUUCAAAAAAGGGUAACAUGGUAUGAAGCAUUAAAUACAUGUUCUCAAAGUGGAGGUCAUUUGGCAAGUGUUCAUGACCAAAAUGGCCAGCUUUUUCUGGAAGAUAUCGUAAAGCGCGAUGGAUUUCCACUAUGGGUUGGGCUCUCAAGUCAUGAUGGAAGUGAAUCAAGUUUUGAAUGGUCUGAUGGCAGUGCCUUUGACUAUAUCCCAUGGAAAGAUAAAAAAUCUGCCGGAAAUUGUGUUGUCUUGGAUCCAAAAGGAAUUUGGAAACAUGAAAAAUGCAACUCUGUUAAGGAUGGUGCUAUUUGUUAUAAACCUACAAAAUCUAAAGAGGUGUCUUCUCAUACAUACUCAUCAAGAUGUCCAGCAGUAAAAGGGAAUGAGUCACAGUGGAUUCAGUACAGGGACCACUGUUACACGUCUGAUCAGGCAUUGCACAGUUUCUCAGAAGCCAGACGGUUUUGUUCAGAGCUUGAUCAUUCUGCAACUAUCGUUACCAUAAAGGAUGAAGAUGAGAAUAAAUUUGUGAGCAGACUGAUGAGGGAAAAUAAUAACAUUACCAUGAGAGUUUGGCUUGGAUUAUCUCAACUUUCUGCCGAUCAGUCCUGGAAUUGGUUUGAUGGAUCAAAAGUGACAUUUGUCAAAUGGGCAAAUAAAUUUAAGAGUGGCAGUGGACAAUGUAGCAUUUUGUUAGCUUCAAAUGAAACUUGGAUAAAAGUUGAAUGUUCACGUGGCUAUGGAAGAGUUGUCUGCACAGUUCCCUUGGACUGCCCUUCAUCCACCUGGGUUCAGUUCCAAGACAGUUGUUACAUUUUUCUUCAAGAAGCCAUCAAAGUAGAAAGCAUAGAGGAUGUCAGAAAUCAGUGUACUGACCAUGGAGCAGACAUGAUAAGCAUACAUAAUGAAGAAGAAAAUGCUUUUAUACUGGAUACUUUGCAAAAGCAAUGGAAAGGCCCAGAUGAUAUCCUAUUAGGCAUGUUUUUUGAUACAGAUGAUGCCAGUUUCAAGUGGUUUGACAAGUCAAAUAUGACAUUCGUUAAGUGGUCAGACCAAGAAGACAGCAAGGAUCUAGUUGACACCUGUGCCUUUUUGCACACCAAGACAGGUGAUUGGAAAAAAGGAAACUGUGAAGUUUCUUCUGUGGAAGGAACCCUUUGUAAAGCAGCUAUCCCAUAUGAAAAGAAAUAUUUAUCAGAUAACCACAUUUUAAUAUCAGCUUUGGUGAUUGCUAGCACAGUAAUUUUGACAGUUUUGGGAGCGGUCGUUUGGUUCCUGUACAAAAGAAAUUUGGAUUCUGGUUUCACCACAGUUUUUUCAGCUGCACCCCAAUCACCUUAUAAUGAUGACUGUGUUUUAGUAGUUGCAGAGGAAAACGAAUAUGAUGUUCAAUUAGACUAAGGUUUUGGAAAUCUCAGAUUAAGACAUCAAAUACCUUGACAGUGAUUCCUAUGCAAGAUUUUAAUAUAAAACCUAACAAUGAAAAUCAUGGUUUUUAUGAUGUAUUACCUAAUUCCAGUAACAUUCACUAUUCUCAUGUAAUCAGACUGUGACAAAAAUUAAUCUUUAGGAUUAUAAGAACAAAGUUUUUAAAAAAGAAAUAAUCUUAGAUAUAAUUUAAUGGUUUUAACCACCUCCCCAAAUGCACCUUCCACUUGAAUGAAGGAAAGCUUAAAGCCCAAGUAUUAAUAGUAAAUCAGGUAAAAAAAAACCAACCAACCAACCCAGUCUACUUGUUUUACCUCCUCCAUCUUCCCUCCCAGAGUUGAACCACCUUAGUUUAUAGUUGAAUUUAAAAAAAAGAAAAAUUCUACUUAUCACUAAAAUUUUAGCAAUCACUAGGUCUUAAGUAAUUUCUAUGGUCUUGCUCCUUUAUCAAUAAGAUAUGGAGAAUAAACCUGACCUUAAAAUAGAUUCUCUACAUUUAGGUAUCACUUAUGCUGGUUACUCUGAUAAUUCCUCUGAUAUUUCCAUCUUCAUGAUUUACAUGUAGAAAAUUUUACAGAUUUUUAACACCCCAUAUGCCACAUAAUUAUACAGUUUCAGUACUUUUAGAACACUGUUUUGGACCACAAACAAACAGUAAUUAGCAAUGAUCGUAAAUGUCAGAAUUUCA